AUGGUUCAGGUUGAAGCUCCAUUAUCUAAAUCAUUUGGACAAGAAGCCUACAUAUCCAAGGACGCUGCAGCUGAAACAGAACCAAAGAAAAUGAAGCAACCUGAUGUAAAUGGCGAGUUUGUUGCUGCAGAAAAAUUAAACAAACAACUCAUUGAUACAGAAUUUGCUCCCAUUACGGAUCCCACUCAUCGACGGGUGUCUAAAAAUACCGCUGCUGGACAAUUAUUUCAAUUCGAGGAUGAACCUUCUUACUACUUUGUAGUUACAACCUAUAUCUCAUAUUUGGUUCUUAUUAUCAUCGGUCAUGUUCGAGACUUUUUUGGAAAGCGAUUCCAUAAAGAUGAUUAUAAGUAUUUAAAGGAUAGUGAUGGUUAUGCACCCCUUUAUAAUCACUUUGAUAACUUCUAUGUUCGACGAUUGAAGUUUCGUAUCAACGACUGCUUUAGUCGACCUACUAUGGGUGUUCCUGGUCGAGACACUUCGAUGAGUUUAAACGUGUCCUCUUACAAUUAUCUAGGAUUUGCCCAAAGUCAUGGACCUUGUGCUGAGGCUGUUGAAAAGGCUAUUCGUAAUUAUGGACUUUCUACUUGUAGUGCCAGUACGACUUGCGGUAAUUAUGGAAUUCAUUUAGAGGUUGAAGAUUUGACUGCCAAGUUUGUUGGAAAACCCGCUGCCGUGAUUUUCUCUCAGGGUUUCGGAACCAAUGCUACCGUCUUUUCCGCUCUUAUGGGACCUGGCUCUCUUAUUAUUUCAGAUGAGUUGAACCAUACUUCCAUUCGUUUUGGUUCUCGUCAGUCAGGUGCUAAUAUUCGUGUAUUCAAGCAUAAUGAUAUAGCUGAUUUAGAGCGCGUUUUGCGUGAGGUUAUUUCCCAAGGUCAGCCACGUACUCACCGCCCUUAUACAAAAAUCUUAGUUGUCAUCGAGGGUUUGUAUUCCAUGGAAGGUAAUUUCGCUGAUUUGCCUCAUAUUAUGGAGCUGAAGAAGCGCUACAAGUUUUAUCUGUUCAUUGAUGAAGCUCAUUCCAUUGGCGCAAUUGGUCCUCGUGGUGGUGGUAUAUGUGAUUAUUUUGGAAUUCCCACUACUGAUGUCGAUAUUUUGAUGGGUACUUUCACCAAGUCUUUCGGUGCUGCUGGUGGUUACGUCGCAUCUUCUACGGAUAUCGUGAAUAAGCUUCGGGUGACCAACCCAGGCUACGUUUAUGCAGAGUCCAUGAGUCCAGCCGUUUUGGCUCAAAUUAAGAGCAGUUUUCUGGAGAUUAUGGAUGAAUCUCCUAGCUCAAUUGGUCUAGAAAGGAUUGAGCGUUUGGCGUUUAAUAGUCGUUACAUUCGCUUGGGCUUGAAGCGUUUGGGUUUUAUUAUUUACGGAAACGACGACAGUCCAGUUGUCCCUUUACUUUUGUACAAUCCUGGUAAAAUCAACGCAUUUUCGCACGAAAUGUUGAGACGGGGAAUUUCCGUCGUAGUAGUCGGUUAUCCGGCAUGCCCGUUAUUGACUUCAAGAGUAAGGUUUUGCUUUUCUGCUUCGCACAAUAAAGCCGAUUUGGAUUAUAUCUUGAGAGCAUGUGAUGAAAUUGGAGAAAAGCUUCAGCUGAAACUAUCAUCUGGAGCUGCCGGUGAAGAUGUCGGUAAAACCAAUAUUGAAAAUAUCAAGAAGAAACAAGGCUGGUUUUCUCCUCCUCGUUGGGCGGUUGAAGACAUUAUAUCUCGUGGUGUUGAAGAUACAUUGAAGCAAUGA